GGCUGUCUGUUCAUUCGGUCGGGUUCGGUGGCUGGUACUUGCUCGGGAGGGCCCAGAGAAGGAAGUUAUGAUCGCACAGUUAUAUCGUGUGGUGGUACGCAAGAACGUUUGCAGUCGUACCAUGUUUGUGUGUGUUUGUGUGCGUCCCUGUACUGAUCGCGUGUAACAUAAGCGAUCGAGCGAGCAAUUAGUGUUGUGCAGAGUGUGACUAACAUAGGGGCACCCCGGAUCUGUGAUAUUAACUGUUCGCACGUAGCAAAUGGCAUCUCGGAAUUAGGGAACCGUUAGUGUAGUGUAGUGGUUUUAACCUCCCCCCCCCCCCCCCCCCGUGUGCUGUAUUUUCGCGAUCAGGCGCCAGCCAGCGAUUAGGGAGCCCUCGAGAGAGGAAGGGUUGCGCGGGUUUGUGUCGAACGGUGAAUGUGUGUGCAGGCAGGCAGCAGCAGCAGCAGCAGCACCACACAUCACAUCACCCCACCGUGCUCGGCCAGCAGUGUAUAUCGAUCAUCGUAUCCGCUCAAUGACACCACGGUUGGGCGGCGCUGAAAGUACACAUCACGACGACACAUCACACUCCUCCGCCCCAGCUGCAAGGGUCUCGCGGGCGCCAAGAUGCCACGGAAGUUGCUGAAAUUUCUCAUCCUCUUCGACAACACGUCGCUGCUGUACUUCCCGGGCCAGUUUCUGUCCGGGCGGGUGCUGCUCGAGCUGCAGGACGACACACCGGUGCUGGGACUUCAUUUCCAUGUCGUUGGCGAGUGUGUCGUGCGCGUGCGCUCGACGCGCCACGAGCGAUCGUACGAUAAGGAAAACUAUAUCGACUUCCGGAUGCGCCUGCUGGGCGAUUCCGACAACCAAGGGCCCACGAUCCUGUCGCCCGGCAUCCACAGCUUCCCGUUCAAGCUCGGCCUGCCCGUCGAUCUGCCGUCGACCUUUCUCGGGCGGUACGGCUGGGUGCAGUACUUCUGCAAGGCCGGGCUGCGCGAACCGUCCGGCCUGAUACACAAGAACCACCAGGUGUUCAUCGUGAUGAAUCCGAUCGAUCUCAACCUUGAGCAGCCUUAUCUGGCGGAUCCUUUUAAAUGCAACAUUGAGCAUAAUCUCGGGAUGGCUUGCGUCGGCGGAGGCAUCGUGAAGUGUAAAAUCAUACUCGAUCGUGGCGGAUACGUGCCGGGCGAGUCGAUCAUGAUCACGGCGACGGUUACGAAUGCGAGCAGUGUGACGAUCAAAUCGACCAAAGCUGCACUUACAGAGACGAUACAGUAUUUUGCACGCGAUAAGGUGAUGCAGACGGAGAAACGAGAGCUGGCAGUGAUAGCCCGGGGCAAGAUACGGGCCGGUCACAGGGACGAAUGGCAGAACGAGUCCCUUUACGUGCCGCCGCUGCCACCGACCAAUCUGCGCGGCUGUCAUCUAAUACGGAUCCAGUACGACGUUUGUUUCUUAAUAGAACCGAAAUCGUUGGAAAAACAGAUCAAACUACAGCUGCCGAUCACGCUCGGCACGUACCCGUUCAAGACGGCGGACGGUGACGACACGAACGAGUGGGCCGAAACGAUCUACAAGCCGGAAACGCACUACCCGUCCACGCUGCCCAUCUUUCGGCCCUGGUUACACGAGAAAAACGAUCAAAAGUAACACACAUCUGACGAUCCCUGCGAUGAGCAUUCGAGCGGCCGGGGUUGGAGGAUAGUUGGCCGGUAGAAACUGCUGGGAAAAAGAAUGAUCCGAAUGGCCGAUCGAUGGUGCCAUACAUUAAGAGAGAGAGAGAUAGAGGGGUAUAGCAAAGUAGAUCGAGAUAUGUUAACGACGAGUACGAGUACAGUGAGAGAGUGUGAAUGACAAUAUGUGUAAAGAGUAAGUGAAAGUUUCAAUACAAUUCAUCUGAAUAAUUAUUUUACCGUAAACCACAA